AUCAAAAAUACGCAUGCGCGUACUACAAAAAAUUGUAUACUAGCGUUCAACUUUGUAGAAGUUCUUAUGUACUAUAAUCACAUAUAUCGUUGUAAAUGUACCGAAUUUAUCUUACUUAAUUUAUCUAUGGUUUUAAACAUACUACGUGGCUGUAUUUAAAAAAGUGUGUUUACAACAAUGGCUAGCAAGAGGUCUGCAACCACAGAAUUAAAUCACGAUAAUUGGGAUGAAGGAGAAUGUCCCGAAGAAGCAGGAACUUUUAAAAAGGCAGCUGAUGAUGUGCUUGAGAAAAGAGUUGUAAAAAGAGCUAAGCGCCGCUUGCAAAGUGGAGAAGAUGGUACCAGAAGUGCGUUUGGUACAUUUACAGGUUUUAAAACGUCGCCCAAUACAUCUAAUACAUCAUUAUUUACAUUCUUAACUAAUAGUAGUACUAAUGCUAAUGCUAAUGAUACUUCCUUAAAAACACAAGCAAAUAUCAGCAAAGCUCCCACAAAUAGCGAAGCUCCCAAAAGUAAUGAAAAUGGCACAAAUAAAAAAGAAAGUUCGGAAAUACAAACAUCAUUGAGUGCAUCCACAAAUAAAAAAAGUGCUCCUGAUCAAGAAGAUCAAAAUAAAACUAAAAAGUCUUCAGAAUAUUUUGCUAAGUUGAAAGGUUUAAAUGAAAGCGUGGCACAGUGGAUUAAAACACAUGUUGAUGCUAAUCCGUUUUGUAUUUUAACACCUAUUUUUAAAGAUUAUGAAAAAUAUCUUAAAGACAUUGAAUCAAAACAUGGAAAUGAAAUGGAGAGGGGAUUUCAUGUAACAGAUCAAGCACAACCUACCCUUACUAAUGAUAGUAAGGAUGCUGCAAACACUGAAAAGAAACUAGAUACUACCUCAUUUGGUGGAAUAAAUACAAAACCUACUGUCAGUACGACAGAAUGGAAAACUGACAAAUCAAUUUUUGGCAAUAUUAAUACAGGCUCAAAGUCCAUAUUUGGAAAAUCAGAACAUACUGUAGAUAGUAAUAAAUCCAUAUUUAGUAAUACAGACCAAACUUCAGAUGCACCUAAAUCUGUAUUUGGUAACAUUGAUCAAAAACCUGGUACUAAAAAUAUAUUUGGAAGUAUGAAUUAUGAAAAGAAUCCAUUUUUGAGUAAAUCAUCAUUACCAGAUAAUAAAUCUGAUGAACAAGAAUCAAAAUCAGAUGCAAAAAUUACUGCUACCAGCACCUUUUCUGCAACAAAUACUAGUACCUUCUGUUUUGGUCAAAGUUCCACUACUACCAAUACAUCAACUGGUUUUAGUUUUGGAAGCGCUAAACCCUUCACUUUUGGAGCCCAAGCUGUAAAACCACAAGAUACUGAAGAAAAUGAAGAAAAAGAAGAUGAAGACGACGAACCGCCAAAAACAGACUUUAAACUAGUAACCGAAGAAGGUGCCAUAUAUCAACAAAGGUGUAAAGUGUUUGUUAAAAAAGAUGGUAGCUUUAGCGACAGGGGUAUUGGAACAUUGUUUUUAAAGCCAACGCCAAACGAUAAAACACAGCUAUUAGUACGCGCCGAAACUUCUUUGGGAAAUUUAUUGCUCAAUACUUUAUUAACCGAGAGUAUUCCAACAAAACGUAUGAACAAAAAUACAAUAAUGUUGGUUUGCUUACCAAAACCUGAAUCAACACCACCUCCAGUACCAGUUUUGUUAAGAGUAAAAACAGAGGAAGAUGCUGAUGCAUUGUUUGAGGCACUUAAUAAACAUAAAAAAUAAGGACAAAAUAAGAAUGGUAAAUAACAGAAUAACAUAAUACAGGAAACAACGUAAUAAAAUUGUGUUGAACAGUGACUAAUGAUUUUUUUAAAUCACACAAUUUUGUUGUUACUCACAUUAAUUGUAUGAUUUUUAUCCUAAAUGCAUAAUAUAAAAGAAAAUGUAAAGUAGAAGUAAAUUAAUUUGAAUACUUUUUAUUCUUGCAUAAAAUAAGUGGCAUGACAUCAUUGCUAUGAGUAAUGUUAAUAUACGAACGUAUCAUUCAAAAAUAAAUGUGAAUCAGUUUGGACUUAUUAAAAUACUUUCUUUGUUGGUAAAUCUAUCGCAGUACUUGUAACGUGACAAGUAUAUGAUGAAUUCAUUGUACAUAUUAGUUUGAACUUCUUUUAUAUUGUAUCUCGCAAACAUAAACAACAUUACAUCAAAUCUUUAAAAAUAUCUGUUAUAUUUAUAGUUUAUAUUGUGUCUUUUGGAAUUAUAUUGGUUUUUAGAAUCGUAUUUUUGUGAAAUAUUACCUGUGUAUUUGAUGAACGUUUUGAUAUAAAAUACAGUGAAACCUCUAUCCGUCAUUUUUGAAUGUACUUACUGAACUAAAUGAUAAAUGCGGGAAAAUUGUAGACGAAGGAACGUGCGAUUCGAUAUCGAUUAUUCGAGAAACGAUGGAUCGAAGUUUCACUGUACUGCUAGCGAGUUAAGGAAAUUAACUGGUGUAAACAGAAUGUGAGUAAAUAUGAUUAUUGUAAUUUACAUUCCUAUAGUUUAAACACUGAUGUUCGAAUGAAGUUUGUUAAAAAUUUUGGUGAUACAAGGGGAAAAUUCUUUGAAACAGUUGUUAAAAAUAUUUGAAGAUUACU